UUCAGAUGGCUGGUUGGAAGAAAUAUGCACGAAUAAUUUUGCCCCAUGUCGGUUUGAUUAUCUUGUCGUUGUUGUACACCAUUGGUGGUGCACUUGCUUUCUAUCAUUUGGAACGACCCUAUGAGAUUGCGGUGAGACGUGAAAGCUUGAGAGAUAUUUCUGCUCACAGAAAAUUGAUGCUUGACGAAUUAUGGGUUAUGUUAAACGAUGAAUCAAUCUCAGAUGAGGAAAUUGAGCGUUUAGCUAUCCAUCACGUGGACAACGUGACACGAGUACUGUUUGAAGCCUUUGAGACACAUUACAUUAGUGCAUCUCAUCUACGAAGUAACACUGCGACGGCUUCAGUUGAUGAUUUCGUGGAGGAAGAAGAAUAUAGCUGGACCUUCACGACAGCUCUCUUCUUCACAGCUACUCUUCUGACAACAAUUGGCUAUGGUAACUUGGUGCCGGUAACAUUUCAAGGACGCAUGUUUUGCAUCGUCUAUGCUCUGUUCGGUGUACCGCUUAUACUUAUCACUGUUGCUGAUAUCGGCAAAUUCUUGAGUGAAAAUAUUGUUUGGCUCUAUGCAAAAUAUGCAGAAAUGAAAAGAAUGUACAGAGAGAAGAAAACUGUGUGUAUCACAUCAGUGGUCGGUGAAAUAAGUGGUACUGCGAAGGAACAACUGCUGCAGUUCGGAUUGGAACAGUAUAUCUCGAUACCGAUCCUGUUGAUCGUUGGAAUGCUACUUGGUUACAUCACAGUUGGUGCUAUCUUGCUUGCUUCGUGGGAACAAUGGGAUUUCUUUUCUGGUUUUUACUUCUCAUUUAUUACUAUGACUACGGUUGGAUUUGGCGAUAUCGUACCAAUCAAACAAGAAUACUUCUUAUUCGACCUUUUCUACAUUGUUGUUGGGCUAGCCAUAACGACGAUGUGUAUUGAUCUGUUUGGAAUCCAAUAUAUUCGCAAGAUUCAUUAUUUUGGACGAGCCAUUAAAGAUGCCCGUUAUGCCCUAGUGAAUGUUGGCGGAAGAAUGGUACACGUCCCGGAUUUAAUGCGGUAUGCAUCCGUUUUACAUCAGAAAUAUGGUCAGAAAAGACAGGGACACCAGAUGCGACUAAAAGGAGCCUAUACUCCAGAGGACUUACCGCUCAUUCGAUACAUCGAUUAUGGGUCAUUAGCUAGUGAAGAUAGCCGGAUGCACUUCUUCACUAAUAUAUUCAAUAAACCUAAUGAACUUAGCACGGUUUGAUGAGAAUAGGUCAACUGCUAUCCAUUCAUAUCAGAAUUCCAAUUUUAGCUCUGGAAAAUGUUAGAAAAAAACUUCGAAACCUUGCUGAACUAUGACGGACUAAUGUAUCGUUCCAGCAGUUUUUUUCUGAAACCUUCUCGAGUUGAGUCUACUAGUUGAAAAAUUUUCGCCCAGGCUAUGGAACGAAAUAGGUUUUUAGUAAACAAUCUUUAGAAUGCUAGCUGAGA